CAGAGCACCGCUAUGAAACACGUGGAGAUUUCAAGCAGCGCUCUUCCAAAAAAUAAAAAUAAAAAUCAACACCUAAAGCACGAGACCAAAGCACGUCUGUCCACAUCUGUCCGUGCGCUUUUCCCUUUCCUUCACAACUCUCCUCCCGCGACUCAGGACAGUGUGAACACAGUCGAGCGCGAGACUUCACCACUGUUGGCUUUGUAAAGUUUCUCUGACUCUGACAUCUCUUUGUCGGGUCUGUUCCCUCCCUCCCCUCGAUCCCCUGUGGAUUUAAUCGUAUUGCAGGAAGUCCCUCACAUCCUCUCCUCCUGCGCUGUGAGCGCGCGUGUGUAUUUGAGUGAGUGAGUGUGUUUUCUGUCGGUAUAUUAUGAAGAUUUGAUCAUAAGGAGCCGGGCAUCAUGAGGAUCCACCGGCGCAUGGAGAGCUGGUACCUCAUGAACGGACUGCGCGCUUUUGUGCUGCUGGUAGUGGGACUGACAGCUGACAUCUCCACUCAUCACUCACCCGACGAGAGGCAACUAAGAAGUGUACUCACCAAACUGGAACACUACCACACCAUGGUACCACUACUGCUGGAAGGAACAGAGCAGCGACCAAUCAGCUGGCUCCGCUCCAGGACGCCUCCCGCUUCGCUGCACAUCCUGAUCCAAACAGAAGGACAACAGCUGAUUUUAUCUGUGGAAAAGAACCAUGGACUGUUUGCCAGCCAUUACACUGAGACACAUUACAGGGAAGAUGGACAAACUGUUACAAGCACUCACAACUCUACGAUGAAUUGCUAUUACCAUGGAGAAGUACAAGGAUACGUACACUCUGAAGUCACUCUUAGUACUUGCUCUGGUAUCAGAGGGUUCGUCUUACUUGAAAAUAAAACACUGAUGGUAGAGCCAGCUUUUGAGCCGGCAAACGACACCCAUGUGAUUUAUGAUGGACAUCAUCUACACUUCCCCUCCGGAACCUGUGGACACGGACACAACAUAUCGACUGUCAGCAACACGAACACAAGAGGACUGCUACAAUCAUUCAGAACGAGGCAUAAACGGGAUGUUCAGAAGACCACCAAAUAUGUGGAGCUCAUCAUUGUAGCAGACAACCGAGAGUUCCAAAAGCAAGGAAAAGAUGUGGAAAAGGUUAAACAAAGGCUAGCGGAGAUCGCCAAUUACGUGGACAAGUUUUACAGAGUGCUGAACAUCCGUGUAGCUCUGGUUGGACUGGAGGUGUGGAGUGAUGUUGAUAAGUGUUCAGUAACCCAAGACCCCUUUACAACCCUGCACGAGUUUUUGGACUGGAGGAAACUUAAGCUGCUACCUCAGCGGCCUCAUGAUAAUGCUCAGCUCAUAAGCGGGGUGUACUUCCAGGGCACCACAAUAGGGAUGGCUCCCAUCAUGAGUAUGUGCACCGCUGAGCAGUCAGGAGGCAUUGUCAUGGACCACUCGGACAAUGCUCUUGGAGCUGCUGUGACUCUGGCCCAUGAGUUGGGCCAUAACUUUGGAAUGAACCACGACACGCCAGAGCGAGGCUGUGGCUGUAGGAUGACCGUAGACCGUGGCGGAUGCAUCAUGACCCCCUCUACAGGGUACCCGUUCCCCACAGUGUUCAGUACGUGCAGUAAGAAGGAUCUGGUGGCCAGUCUGGAGAAGGGGGUCGGCAUGUGUUUGUAUAACAUGCCUGAGGUCAAAAUGCUCUACGGGGGACAGAAAUGUGGCAACGGAUACAUUGAGGAAGGAGAGGAGUGUGACUGUGGAGAGCCGGAGGAGUGUCUGAACCCCUGCUGUAACGCGACAACCUGCACCCUAAAGGGAGAUGCUGUUUGUGCACAUGGCCAGUGCUGUGAAAACUGUCAGUUAAAACCAGCCGGGACUCCCUGUAGAGAGUCCAGUAACUCCUGUGAUUUACCUGAGUUCUGCACUGGCACAAACCCUCACUGUCCUGCCAAUGUGUACCUGCACGAUGGCCAUGCCUGCCACAAUAUGGAUGGUUACUGCUACAACGGCAUCUGCCAGACUCACGAGCAGCAGUGCAUCACGCUCUGGGGACCAGGAGCAAAACCUGCCCCGGGGAUCUGUUUUGAAAGAGUAAACUCUGCAGGUGAUCCCUAUGGAAAUUGUGGAAAAGACGCUAAAGGCUCCUUCGCAAAAUGUGAAGCAAGGGAUGCCAGGUGUGGGAAGAUUCAGUGCCAAGGAGGUGCUAACCGGCCAGUGAUCGGAACCAAUGCUGUUUCAAUCGAGACGAAUAUACCUCUGCAGGAAGGAGGACGUCUUCUGUGCAGAGGAACACACGUGUACCUGGGGGACGACAUGCCUGAUCCUGGACUAGUGCUGGCUGGAACUAAGUGUGCUGAGGGAAAGAUGUGUCUGAACCGACAGUGUCAGAAUGUCAGUGUGUUUGGGGUGCACAAGUGCUCUGCCAAGUGCAAUGGAAGAGGGGAAUGCAACAAUAAGAAGAACUGCCACUGUGAGGCUCACUGGGCACCUCCUUUCUGUGACAGGGCGGGGUUUGGCGGCAGCGUCGACAGUGGGCCAAUGAGACAAGCUGCAGAUGUGCGCGUGUGUGUAUUAAUGUGCGUGUUGUCCUAUGUGACAACAGCGGACAGCAGUGCCGUGGCCGUAGGUUCCCUGGUCACCCUGCUCUGCCUGCUGUCGGCCGGACUGAUGCUGUGUCUGAAGAGGAAAGCGCUGGUUCAGUUCCUUUGCGCUAAUAAGAAGAACGCCAUUCAAAAGCUCAGAUCAGUUGGACGAAAGCAAACACCCAGCCCUCCUCAGACACAGUCAGUCUUCAGGGUCUCACCUCAGCACAAGCCCCCUUCAUUACCCUUACACUCCCGCGCAGACAAGAUGUCUCAUCCUAGUUCGGAGCCUCUUCUUCCUGCGCACAGUUUCCAGAGUUUGCGUCGUAUGCCUGAAUGUCCGAGCCGCUGCCAGCCUGUCCACAUCAGCCACCCAAUGCCCAUCACGCUGCAGCCUCACAGGACACUGAGAGCGACAGUCGUCCACACGCUGCCACGUCACAUCGCAUACACGCACACACAGGAUCACGACAUGCCCAGUCCACCUCAGAAACCCCUUCCUGCACAUCCCUUAAUCAGAAGCCACGGGAUGGGGCGAAAUGUAAGGAUACCCGCACCUCUGGCCAUCCCGAUUCCAACAGUACCACGACCCCCUCCCUCCAUACCACUGCCCAACAGACCUCUGCCCAGAUUACCACAGCCUUUUUAUGAUCACUGACAUAUGAACACCAGAGCACUGGGUGAACCUCACCAGCAUCUGAACACACUUGUUUUGCACUAUGAAACUCUGUUGGACGAUGUGACCCCCCUGCAGAGAAGAGGCUGACCGGACACCUUGGUGCUGCGCCUCCUCAAAAAAAAAAAGAAAAAAAGAAAGGUGUUCGUCUGUCCUCGCUCAGGUACUGCACAACUAUUUAAGAUGUAUAUUUAUUGUGAGGAGGAAACGAUGUGCUGUGCUCGACACAUUUUUUUACUGUAUGAUCAUUGUGACUUUUAUUGCAAUCUUUCUGAUGGUUUUUACACUUUAAAAAAAAUGAUGAUUUGAAUUUAGGUUACAAAUCAUGUGUUUCUUCCGUGUUUUUAUAGUGUUUUCUUGUUCUUCUAAGUUUAUAGACGGCCAUUCACACCAAGGAUGAUAACUAUAAGAUGAUUAUAUUAAUUAUCACAUCAACAGACAGUAUUGUUUUUAUAUUUUAGGCAUGCAUUAUUGUCGGGUUAUCUUCAGUAUAUUAAGAAGUAAUUCCUAUUGUGUAAUAAGCGAUUAGUUGACUACUUAAAAAUGUGAGUAAAUCUGUUGCCUUAAAAUUAAGUUAAUUAACUAUGUACAUAAUUAUAAAAAUAAAGUCAAUUUAAUAGUUCCAAGUUUACCCAUUUUUUUUAGUAAAGUCAACUUGUUGUUUUUAAGGCAAAGGUUUUACACACUCUUUUUAAGUAAAGUAAUUUAUUUUUGCACAACAUAUUCUGAAAACAUAGCUCCAUAUAUCUUUCUGGAGAUUGUGAAUUAUGCAGCCAGAGAUACAGUACAGACCAAAAGUUUGGACACACCUUCUCAUUCAAAGAGUUUUCUUUAUUUUCAUGACUAUUAAAAUUCUAGAUUCACAAUGAAGGCAUCAAAACUAUGAAUUAACUCAUGUAGAAUUAUAUACAUAACAAAAAAAGUGUGAAACAAUUGAAAAUCUGUCAUAUUCUAGGUUCUUCACAGUAGCCACCUUUUGGUUAUUGCUUUGUACACUCUUGGCACCUGAAAUGGUUUUCACUUCACUGGUGUUCCCUGUCAGGUUAAAUAAGUGGGAUUUCUUGCCUUACAAAUGGGGUUGGGACCAUCAAUUGUGCAGAAGUCAAUACACAGCUGAUAGUACUGAAUAGACUGUUAGAAUUUGUAUUAUGGCAAGAAAAAAGCAGCUAAGUAAAGAAAAACGAGUGGCCAUCAUUACUUU